GCUUCAACCAUGGCUACUGCUUCUCCUCCCUUGAAAGAUGAACUUGACAUUGUGAUACCUACUAUUAGAAACCUGGAUUUCUUGGAGAUGUGGAGGCCUUUCUUUCAGCCUUACCAUCUCAUCAUUGUUCAGGAUGGUGAUCCUUCUAAACAAAUCAAAGUUCCUUAUGGUUUUAAGUAUGAUCUCUAUAAUCGUAACGACAUUAACAAGCUUCUGGGUCCUAAGGCUUCUUGCAUUUCUUUUAAGGACUCUGCUUGUCGUUGUUUCGGUUACAUGGUUUCCAAGAAGAAGUAUAUUUACACCAUUGAUGAUGAUUGCUUUGUUGCGAAAAAUCCAAGUGGUCAAGACAUUAAUGCACUGGAGCAGCACAUCAAGAAUUUGCUCUGUCCAUCCGCUCCCUACUUCUUCAACACCCUGUAUGAUCCCUAUGCAGAGGGUGCUGAUUUCGUCCGGGGCUAUCCUUUCAGUCUUCGAGAGGGUGUUCCCACGGCUGUGUCACAUGGACUCUGGCUUAACAUUCCGGAUUAUGAUGCGCCUACACAACUUGUGAAGCCUAGCGAGAGGAACACUAGGUAUGUGGACGCAGUCAUGACAAUACCAAAGAGCACCUUGUUUCCCAUGUGUGGUAUGAAUUUGGCAUUUGAUCGCGAUCUCAUUGGCCCUGCUAUGUACUUCGGUCUCAUGGGAGAGGGCCAGCCUAUUGGUCGCUACGAUGAUAUGUGGGCUGGCUGGUGUGUCAAGGUAAUCUGUGACCAUUUGGGGCUAGGAGUGAAGACAGGGCUUCCCUACAUAUGGCACAGCAAAGCAAGCAAUCCUUUUGUCAACUUGAAAAAGGAGUACAAAGGCAUCUUCUGGCAAGAAGAGAUCAUUCCAUUUUUCCAAGCAGCAGUCCUUCCAAAGGAGUGCACUACUGUUCAAGCUUGCUACAUUGAGUUGUCGAAGCAAGUCAGGGAAAAGCUUGGCAAGAUUGACCCUUACUUCACUAAGCUUGCGGAUGCUAUGGUCACGUGGAUCGAGGCCUGGGAUGAACUCAACCCGUCUAAGUAGGCCGACAGCAAGUGAAGAUGUAGACAAACAAUCAGAGUCUUUUCUAGGCUUCAAAAUAGUGUUAUAUCAUCAACCAUAUAUGUCUUCUAAAGUUUAAGUAGUUAUCUUCAUCAUGUGAUCUCUUGCAUUUACAAAAUGAACAAGUAAUACAUUCUAUAUUUGCCUA